GGAGGCCGCCUGGGGAAGCGCUGCUGCGUCCCGCGCCUCAGCCCGGGCCUGGCCCGGCCUGCCGAGACCGGAGUGUAGUGCUCGGCUCGGCCCGGUCAGUAGCGCCUCAGCCAAGGGAGAGGGCCCCGGUAAGUCCUGAUCUGGUCCGCUCCAGGCGCCCCAUCCCACUCCCCGUAUCCCCGGGCGUGGGACUGUGCAGGGGCACCCCGCUCUCCCCCCGGGCGCCUCCGUAGGUCUGCACAAGGGUUAGACCAGGAGGGGUUCGUGUUGCUGAACUGUCUAAAGCAUAUUUAUAAAAUUACUGUCCGGGGAUCCCAAGAUGGGGGGCAGCCCCCAAUAUCAGCACAAUAUCAGUGUCGUCAUAUAUCACAAUGGCAGUUCCUGUCAGCAUGAAAGCCUUGACUCUCUCUAUGUAAACUGGAACCUAUGAUGAUGGUGUUAAUUGCAAUAUAAUUGUCCUCCUAAAAACGUCUCCUAUCAGCAGUAUGGGAUUCUUGGGUAAGGCAUUUGGUACCAUUCACAUGGGCUGGCAUGUUUCCCAGCAGAGUAAAAGACCUAUAUUGUGCAUCAUGUAUUCUUGCAAAACUGGGCAGCCAGAGAACCCAAGGAAUUUACUUGUGUCAUAUAUGAUAGAACCUUUCAUCUCCCAGUCAAAUCUAGCACAAAUCACUAAUGACUAUAUGUAGUUUCUGUCUGAUAUCUGUUUCGUGUUCUGUCAUGAAAAAAGUUAGGGUGCUGGCCAGUUCCUUGCAAAGACAUUUUCCUACCAAUAUUAUUUUAUUAUUGAGUGAGCUAAGCUGAUUUAUGGAACAACAACAAAAAACAAGGCCUCUGGCCUAAAGUAUUGGAUACAUAUGGGUCCUUCUCUCUGCACAGUUCCUUGUCUCUACACAGAGGCUCUGUUGACUUCAGUAGGUUGUUCCCCAAAACAAGGGUUGACUUCCUCACAUGUGAUCAAUCUGAUUGUAGGAUCAGACUUUAAUUUUAGGUUGUCAACCUUCCUGUCCUUUAGGUCCUUCCUUAAAACUUUCUCUUUUCAACUAGCCAUCCACCACUAACCAUCUACAAAUACUUUUAUGCUUGGCCACAUGUUCAUAUUUAAUUUAAGCUUAUUAAAAUAAAAAUUUCGCAACUAACAAGUUGUGUGAUAAAAAUAAACCAAAUCACAUUAUUUUGUUUCAGCCUUUCCGCCUUCUUUGCCUGUAUUUCAAAUUUAGGCUGUGAUCCUGCAAGCUGUUCCCAGCAGACAAAUCCUUUCAGUGACUUUAGUGGGGCUCCCUGUGAGCAUAGUGGUCUCCAUGCAAAGAGAAAUUGAUAGUAUUCAGGCCUUGGACUGUAAGGCCAGGUUUACAAAACUUUUGCCACUAAUGUCAGUUAGGAAUGUGAUUUUCCUACAACAUUUUUAUGCUGGCAAAAGCCCUGGUGCAGAUGCAGUUUUAUUGGCUUUUGUUGUGUGCUUUUGCUGAUAUAGUUCCUUGAGUAAAAAAAAAAAUCUAGUAUAAGCUGUAACAGAAAAGAACUGUUUUGCCAGUGUAAACUACAUCUACACUAGGAGUAUUUGCUGGUAUAGCUAUAUUGACAAACCUUUCUACUGUAGACAAAGCCUAAGGCAAGGGCUUUCUCUUUUUUGCAUAAAGCACCAUGCAUGCCACUGGUACAGUAGAAAUGAAAUAACAGAAAUCGCCACCCUAGUUCAUAUUGGCACAAGGACAGGUUGGAGGGAAAGAGGCAGAAGGCAUCAUGCUUGGGGGGGAAAAAGUACAGAAGACUCUGUGCCCACUAGAGUAAUGGCUCUCAACCAGGAGGUCUGUGGCCCCUGGGGAGUCACGAGCAGCUUUCAAGGAAUCUGCCAAGCAGGGAUGGCAUUUGACUCACUGGGGUCCAGGGCAGAAAGCCAAAACCUGAGCCCUGCCAUGGGUGGUGUCGGGCUCUGGGCAGUUGCCCUAAUGCUGGACCUGGCUUUUAAAUGCAGAAAAAUAGUUGCUAUGGCACAGGUGGGCCAAGGAGUUUUUAUAGCAUGUUGGAGGGGCCUCAGAAAAAAGGUUAAGAACUCCUACAUUAGAGACUAUUCUCUUCCAGAGCCUAGAAUGAAACCCAAGAUUCCUGAGUCUCACCAUUCCUCUGCAUUUAGCAAAUAUCUGUGUAAAUUGCUGUCAAAAUGUCGUCUCAUCUUCUAGUACUGGUCUACAUAAAGCAUGACAACUUACUAUUUAUUUACUGCUGCUGUUUACUCAAUUAGCUCAAGUGGCAGAGGAUCUAAAGGGUCCAACCCUGCUGGUGAACCAUGUGGGUUUCAGUAUGAUGCCACAUGAUAUAGAAUGUCUAGGGUUUUUUGUUUGUUUGCUCUUUUAAAAAAAAAAAUCUGGGAAAUUAGACUCUUAAAUCAUUAUUGAGUUUGCAAACUCAAGUACCCAAAAGUUAGGAAAUUCCCUACACAACCUUAAUUUGGCCACUUUCUGCAUAUGUAUUACAAUACAGUCUUUCAUCACAUGAUCACAUACUAUUUUUUCCACAGGACCCCUGCCUCAUUGAGUGCAUAGAUGGACCUGCUCUGGGAAUGAAUAGGGUUAUAUAGUGAAAGGGCCUGUUAUCUGUAGGACCCCUGCUUGGUUGUUGUCGAAUUUGAAGAUGUACAGCUGUUGAGGCAGAUGAUUAGAGGAAGAGAAAGAAUGGCUUCAAUCCCUGCAUUUGCCACAAAGAUCAUAUGUGAUGCUAGGCAAGCCACUUAAACCGAACUUUUCACAGGCUUAUAUGAAUCCUAUAGCCAUGGCCAGAUCACGAGGUCCUUCCCAAUCUGCAGGGCCAACAAUACAGGACUACCUGAAUAGACCAAGGCCUACAUGGGAAGAAGUGAAAGAACAACUAGAAAAGAAAAAGAAAGGAUCGAGGGCAUUGGCUGAGUUUGAAGAAAAGAUGAAUGAGAAUUGGAAGAAAGAACUAGAAAAACACAGGGAGAAAUUAUUAGGUGGAAGUGAGAGUUCCUCCAAAAAGAAAGAGAAAAAGAAAAAGGAAAAGAAGAAAUCAAAUAGGUUGUCUUCAUCUUCCUCUUCUUCAUCAAGCUCUGAUUCUUCCAGCAGUUCAUCUGAUUCUGAUGAUGAGGAUAAGAAACAAGGGAAAAAACGGAGAAAGAAGAGGUAUCGCUCCUUGCGGAAAUCUUCUGAAAGCUCUACUUCUGAUUCUGAAUCGGAUAGCAAGGAUAGCACAAAAAAGAAAAAAUCAAAGGAAGAACAUGAAAGAGAAAAGGACAACAAAAGUCUUAGUAGGAAAAGGAAGAAAAUUGAUCGUGGGAAUGGACCUUUAUCAUCUGAGUCCUUAUCGGAGUCAGAACCUACAGAGGAGAAGAGGCUUCCACUGUCAAAAGCUGAGUUAGCAUUUCAGCAAACUCUGGUUCCAGAUACUCAGACAGUGACUUCCUCCAGUUCAGUGGUACAAGUGAAAAAGAAAAAAAACAGUGAAGAAAGAGAGAAAGUAACAGAUAAAACAAAAAAGAGAAAGAAGCACAAGAAACAUGGUAAAAAGAAGAAAAAGAAGACGGCUGGUUCAAGUUCAGAUUCAGAAUAACACUUAAAAAUCAAGCCUGUCCCUUCAACAAAAGUGCAAUGACAAAAGGAAACUUCAACUGUGAAAAUUAUCGCAAACUUUACCACACUGCAUGAGUUUUCCAGUGUUUUAGAAAUAUUACUAGACUUUCAAUAGCCAGCCAGGUGCUAAUGUGCCCGAAAAGUCCAUUGUUGUUGCCUGCUGCUUAAUACCUGGGGUACAAUUUUUUUUUUAAUUACAGUAGCCAGUGUUAGUUUAAAAUCAUAAGAGAGGGAGGUCCAGCUAAUAUGUAAAAUAUUAGGAAAUAGAGUGCAACCUUUUAGAUACUAAAAAUAGUGUUUUAACAAGUUAGUAAUAUAGUCCAAUUUUUAAAUCUGCAGAAAUAAAAUCAAAAAUUCAUCUUGAAGAGGAAUAUAACACAAGACUAUUGAUACUUGCUGACUACUACUGCCAUUUGUGAAAUGGGAAUAGAAUAGUAACAGUUUUAAAGGUUACUUUUGUAGAAGUAUUUAUGAUAAUUUUGCCCUUUAUUUUCUUUUGGGAGUGUUACCAUUUUGCUAGCUGAAUUAGGGUGCCUUUGAUCCUUGCAAAAUCUAACUAUUUUUAAUAGUACAACAGCUAUAUUUCCUAGGGAGAUCAGAACUGGUAUCAGCAGGUUUUCCUGAAUAAACAAUUCUGGGCCUCUAGCAUGUACUUUUUCAUUAAGUAAGAGCAGUGACACACUGCAGCAUAACUUGACAUCCAAAAAUUAAAGACUUUACCUCCACUAACUGAAAUGAUGCUGAAUACUGUGCUAUUAAUAUGCAUUAUAUCAUUUAAAGUAAUUUUGAGUUUAAAUGAACAUUUUUGGCAAACACUGGUAGCUUUUUUCCUUUGCAUUGCCAUUGAGAUAUUUAGAAUUAUUUUGUAUGUUUUGUACCAUUUUUAAAUAACGUACAGGUUUUCAGUUGUAACUAGUGAUUUAUUUUUUUUAUGAAUUAUGUUCCAGGUGUGGAGUUUCAUGUAUGUAUUUACUUUAUUCUUAUAGUAAGUUCAUUUGCUGUGAUAAAAUGCACACUUGCUGAAAAUAUUUAGCAUGUAAAAAGCAGGGUUUUGAUAUCUAACAGCUUCAUAUUGAAGCUGAUUUUACUCUAAGCAAGUUCAGUGGCAGACCUGUUAUGCGGAUGUGUCUUGUUAUAUAAAACUACUGCCAGAAUCUCAGUAAAGAUACUCUAAAAAGUU